GCUAACUUUCAACAGCAAUUACAAUAUGCUUCAGAAGUGAAAAGCAAGACUGUUCGGUUAAUGAACUUGAGAAAUGCAGGAACUCUGAAUGACACAAGCUCUUUAGAUGAGACCACUUAUGAAAAACUGGCUGAAGAAACACUGGACUCCUUAGCAGAUUUCUUUGAGGACCUAACAGAUAAGCCUUUUACCCCAGAAGAUUAUGAUGUUUCUUUAGGGAGUGGAGUUCUAACAGUUAAAUUAGGCGGAGACAUGGGAACAUACGUAAUCAAUAAGCAAACACCAAACCGGCAGAUUUGGCUGUCCUCACCCACUAGUGGGCCCAAGCGCUAUGACUGGACUGGACGGAAUUGGGUGUAUUCUCAUGACAGAGUAUCCCUUCAUGAACUACUAUCAAAAGAAUUUUCAACAGCGUUAAAAACUAAAUUGGAUUUGUCCUGCUUAAUAUAUUCUGGGAAAGAAGAUACUUGAUAUUCUACCUCAGGGAAUUUUAAAGACUUUCACCACAAGCCAAGCCCUUCCUUGGUUUCUGAAGUACCUGAGCUUAAUUCUGUUGUUGUUUUUCUUGACAUCACUAGGCUGUGCAACAAAAAUGAAAAUAAUAUAUUUUUCUCUAGUGCUCAGUCUUUGGGUUUCUGUGACGCUGCUUGAAUCUGUGUCCAUGUGGCACAGGUGGUUGGAGGUCGCCCUUCCUGUCACUGCAUUUCUUACUUUGUUACUGCAGAAGUAAGUCAUAAAUUCUUACUGUCUGUAGUCUUGUUUGGAUGAAAGGACUGACGCACCUGGUGACUUCUGACCAGUGCAUGAAUGCUAAACAACUUUUGGUGAGAUAUUCACCCAAAACAAGAAAUGCCUGCGAAUCGCAUUGACAUAAGUUGUGGUACUGUGAAUGCAUUGCAUUAAAAUUUGUGGCUAUUGCAAGUGAAUAACGCAUCACAGGCAAAUUGAACAUGUCAUAAAUGAAAUGACUGUGGCAGGUAGAAACUUUUCAUUUUGUGUAAUGCAUGUAAUAAGAGUUUUUCUCUCAGCAUUGCAGAACUGGCUCUUUUCUCCCAAUUCUAAAUUCUAGUGUCUUUCACAUUCGGAUUUUUUUUUUUUUUUUUGAGCUAAACUUUAAAUUACUUAGAGGUCUGUGCGGCUGUAAGCAUCAUACAGAACUGGAAAGGCUCGUAUGUGAUGUUUAAGCUGUGCAGCAAUAUCUCUGCAAACACUUCAUUCUGUUACUGUGGAUUUCUUUUUCUGUUUCCUUUUGUUCUUCAAAGAGUAAAAAGUACAUAAUUUAUUGACCGGUUUUUUUUUAGUUGAGCAAAAUUAAGAUCCUCUUACGGUAGCAAAAAUUUGCACUAAUAUUGUUCUGCUGCAUUUCUUAAGUGGGCCUAGAUCGUCUUUUUUCAGCAUGAUGCAACAAGGCUCCCCUUGGUACCGUGCUGAUGCAGAAACUUUUGCCUUUUCACUUCUUAGAACUGAGUAUGGUACUUAGGCUGAUGAAGCUGUCUUUUUCAGGCUGUUAAAAAAUAAGAAUGAAAUAAAUUAUAUACUCCGGAUCUUAAACCAAAAAGCUUUAAAAGAAAUUGUGAACUGCAAGAAGAACAUUUCAACACUUGCACUGUUAUAUUAUUACCACUGGUGGUUUUUAAUUGCCUAUAAAAUGGAAGCACAAAACUGUUGACUAAUUCUUGAGGAAAUGGUUAUACCAUAGUCUUACAAAUUGUUUAUCAAUGUAUGAAAAGAUGUUCAGUGCAAACUAUUUUUCUUCUUGGUUCCUCUGAUGCUUGUGGUUAGUUUGGCAUGAUUCUCUGGCUAGCUAGAAUUAUUGCAGAUGAGAUUAACUCUGUCAUUGAAAAACAAUAGCUAUAUAGUAUUGUUGCCCAGUAUUUGCAUUUAAAGUAUAAGCGUUAUUACUUGCUAUUUCCCACCGUUAAAUAGAGAGCAACAUUUCACUGGAAGCAGCUCUUGGUUAAUUGUGCACACUGUUUGAAUGUUUUUUAAUCAAAAUAAAAAUAUGACAA